AAGCGGUACAGACCGGUCAAAUCGCCAGCAAGUGUUUGCGUGCGUACGUGUGUACGAAAUUUUACGAAUGUUCGUGUGUGUGAGUGUGCGUGCGUGUUAUAGCGGGUAAAAUACACGUAACGUAAACACACAACGCUCGACGUGAUUAAGGGAAGAAAGUGAAGCGCCCAUGAAAUAUAUGCAAUUGAUGAAUGGAGCACCGGAAUCCUGCGCGCGGCAGGAUAUGCAUACAAAUAGUAUAUAAUAAAUGUAGUGAAAGUGAAAAUAUUAAAAUUGACAACAAAAACAAAAAAAUCAUUAAAGUGCUAUUGAAAAUAAAAAAAUUUAGAAAAAAAAUUGUGCCAAAGUUGAUUUAAAGUUGAAAAAUGUACAGAAGCUGACCAACAUAAAACACUGCUGACCACAUGCACCCUCGUAGGCAACAACAACAACAAGAAAUACCAAAAAUAAUUUCCUUACACAAACGGUAAAAACGUACAUUUCCGCACUUAAAGCAGUCAUUAAGCACACAAAAAGCCCAGAAAUUGCAACUAAUCUCCGCUGCAAUAAAAAAAACACACAAACAACAACAACAACAUAAACAAAAGAAAUUACCUAAACGCAAUCAUUAUCAACAUGGAAGCCAGCAGGAGUGCCACCCCCAUAAAUCAAAUCACUUCCACUGCCAACGCCAACGCCAAAGCCACCAUCAGCUUCAGUGCUAGCACCGACAACAAAAAUACCAGCAACAAAAAUCACAAUAACACCGCUUCCAGCAACAACAUUUCGAGUGGCUCGGUUGUCUUUGAGAACGGCACAAUCAUGGGUACCGUCUACGACUACAACACGAGCUACAGCAGCAGCAACAACAGCAUUAGUAGUCAUAGGAAUAGCAGCUAUUACCAACAGCCGGAAGGGCAGUUUGCCAGCAUACCGGAGAUUGUAAUCAACGGCAGCUACAACAGCCAUCAGAAUCUACACCACCAACAACAACAGCAGCAGCAACAACAACAACCACAGAAGCAAUAUCAGCAAACAGAGGCUCACAUGGGCGAUUCAACCGGCAAUUGUGAUGAUUCCGCCAUUGAAAGCACCGCACUGCUCUCCUCCACCGACAACACCAACACCUUCCCAACGAUGAAUGGCGUUGUAGAUCUGGAUGCCGUUGAGGCGUCCGAUGCUGUGGUGAACGACGAAUUCGAGCAAUUCCUCUUAAAUCGCAGCACCUCCGAUAGCAACAUACUCGAGUCCAGUAUUUAUAGCGAACUCCAAUUUCCGCCCUCAAUCGGUAGUAUCAGUAUUGGCGGCGGCGUGGGCGCUGCGUAUGUGGGCGCUGGUGGUGGUGUUGUUGGCGCUGCUGCUGCCGUUGGUGGUUGCAUGGGCACAUCAAUGGCCCAGCAAUGCCAACUGGCGGCCGCGCGCGCUCAACUGCAAUUGCCGCCAGUGCCACCGAUGAGCGCAGCAAAUGCCGCCAACGCUACAAACACCACCACCAACAACAACAAUAACAAUAACGCUAGUGUAACCGAACUGGCCGAGCUGCUGAACACGAGCACCUGUUCGCGUGACUCAUCGUCGCGUGCCAGCAAACGCUCACGUACGCGCAAGUCGCACAAAUCGAGCAGCAAGGCGAAAUGGAAUGCGAAUGUGACUGCGAAUGUGGCACAGGGUGCUGCCACAGCGGCAGCGGCGGCUGCUGCCACCUAUCCACCACAAUAUGCGGCCAUAUUUCUGGAUCAUGGCAAUAUGACGGCGGCUGCCAAUGCAAUGGGACAGAUUGCAAGUGCGGCAGCUGGUUCGCCCUUCUUGAAUGCACCGAUUGUGGAUGCCGCAACGGCGGCAGCAUACUUGCAACAACAGCCGUAUCAGCUGAUAACUACGGCGACGGCGCCAUAUGCGCAUCUCGGCAGGCAUCUGCACCACAGACGCUUCCUUGACACACCCACCGCCGUUGUGGACAAUCCGACCGGUGUUAUCGUCGCUGGUGCGACUGGUGGCGGCGCUGGUCCGGCUGCCAACGGCACAAUGGUCGGUGGUGCGGCCACCGCCGUCAGUGCCACCUUCCGCAAAUGCUUCUCACGUCCCAUUGUGCCCUUUAUUAUCGGUAUAUUCGCGCUUGGCGGCGCUGCGUGCACGCUGGGCGGUGUGGUGCUCGGUGCGACGGGCCUCAUUGAGCACACCACCCAAUAUUUGAGCGCUUCACUGCUGAUGAUCGGCAUCGGGCUGUCGUUGCUCAUUGUGGCCGGCAUCAUUUGGCGCUUGUGCACACCUAGCGAUGCGGAUGAGUGUCCCUGCUAUCGCCUGAUGGAGACCUGCCGCAACUGUAAUAGUCCCUAUUGUAAUAAUCGCAUACUGCCCGGUGGUUAUUUGUAUCCAGAGUUCCAGCAUCGACCGCCGCCGCCAUCGUACUUGACGUCGUUGCACGAGUGUGCAGCAAUUGGUUUAAUCAACGGUGCUGUCUACAGCGGCCUACGUAUGAACACACCACCGCCUUUAUAUCGUUCCACGAACUCUCUGAGCGUUUUCGUGCCCGGUUCGAACAGCAACACGCACACGCUGACCACGAACACACCCACCACCACCUUCACGCCCACCACAGUCAUGCCCAACAACAACAGCAGCAGCAACAACAACAGUCAGCCAACACAAAGUGGGCCACCGAACUAUAUGCCACCUGUCGCGCUUCCCAACGCGACGACGACAGCAGCUGAGCUGCUGCCCGAACAAACGGCGCUCAUUGAAAAUUUACAAACACAAAUGCAAACGCAAACACAAACACAACAGGCGCUGCCGCCAGCGCUGACCAAAGAGAUCAAUUAUCUAGAAUUGGACUAAGUAGCAAAGGGAAAAGCAAAGCGAGGCAAAAAUCUAUAACCAAUACGUAUACAAUAACACAGAAUGUUGUUAGCAGCAGCAGAUAUGCAGCCGAAGCCAGCGACAAAGUGAAUUACUAAAUACUUGUAGCAGUUAGUGACUAAAGUCAAGUCAGGCAAACUAAGGCAAUUGUGCUGCAAUACAACCGCAAACAACGCCACAUGCAAACAUAUAUAUAUAGAAUAUAUACAAAUACACACACACACACAGUAUGUGGGUGUGUGCAAAAGUGUUCAUGUUACAUAGAAAAUGUCGGUCAGGCGGCUCAUAACUGUGUGGGCGGGUGCGCGGAGUCGCCUGUCAGCCAUUGACUGAUUUAUUUAGUUUUAAAUGUGUGUCUGUGUGAGUUUAGUGCUUAAGUUCUAGCUAUUAGUAAAAUAAUAAAUUGAUAUAGAAUAUAUUUAGAUUUAAGCUGUGCGCCAAACCGAACUGAAAUUGCAUCUCCGGCUAAGAAGUCGCUUACACGAUUUGCAUGCAACUGUGAAAAUACGGCUAUACACCUACACACACAAACACACUUUCACUAAACCGUUACAUGCGUGUUACAACUAAGACUAUCAGCUAUCUUUAGGCAGAUAGCAAGUGCAUAUGUAUGUAGGUGUUUAACAAAUUUAAAUCAAAUUUACAACAAGUGCAAGAAGCUGUUAACUUUAGCAAACACAAUUUUAAGUACACGCAUACACACUCAGUUGGAAAAUGGUAAUUUAUAGGCGUGCAUUUUGUUGGAAAAUACUUUUUGGCUUAUUUUUGAUGAAUUUGAUUUCCUUUAAAUUUAUAAAUAUUCUAAUGCGCAAAUGCAAUUGUGUGUGUUUCUUUAAAGAAGUUAGAAAAAUAUGCAAAAGAGUUGGUUAUUCACACACACACACACUAACACCUAGUAGUUAUAAUAGUUUUAUAUGUACAAAAAUGAUUUUAAAUGUAAAUAAUUGAAAGAGCAACAAAAUGUGUUAAUCUCACAACUAAAUGUACAGAAAUGCAACAACAUGCAUGACAACAACAAAUGCAUAUAUGCAACACCGAUAUAUAUACACCUAGUGUUAUCAAUUCACAUGUAAUCGUAUAUACAUACAUACAUAUACCUAUAUAUACAUGCGUAUGUUUUAUAUAUUUAAAAUAUAUAAAUGUGAGUUUUACAUACAUACAUGCACACACAUACAUACGUGAUUAUGUAUGUGUUGGUAAACGCAAAGGAAUAUGUUUUCACUGUAACCUAUUCGUGAAUGUUGUUUUUAGUAUUUUUCUAUGCCAAAUUUUUUAAUAAAUAUAAAGAUAUUAUUAUGACAUAUAA